AUGGCAGCGCAGCCAGCCAACGGCCAGCAUGAGGCACAGGCGUCCGCAGCGGCGCCGACAUCGGGUGCCCACGCAGGCUCCUACGAAUUCGCCACAGAGGCGAUCCAUGGCGGCCAGCGCGUGUGCCCAGUGACCGGCGCCGUCUUCCCACCGCUAUACACGUCCUCCACGUUUGCGCAGCAGAGCCCGGGCGUCCACCAAGGCUACGAGUACUCCCGCUCCCACAACCCCACGCGCUUCGCGUUUGAGCGUUCAUACGCCGUGCUCGAGGGCACAGGGCUCACAGAGGAGCAGGAUACCACCCGCGGCGCCUUUGCCUUCGCGAGCGGCCUGGCGGCGGGCGCGUGCGUGCUGGAGCUACUUGACGCCGGCUCCACUGUUGUCUGCAUCGACGACGUCUAUGGCGGGACCUUCCGCCUGCUCAACCGCGUCCGCGCGCGCACCGCGAGCCUGAAGAUUGUCCGUGCUGACCUGGCGGAUGAUGUGGCGGCGGAGGCGGCGAUCGUUGGCGCCGCUAGCAACGGCAGCGGUGCAGCGGACAGCAACGGCGGUGCCGGGGUUGGGUCCAAGGUGGGGUUGGUGUGGUUGGAGACACCCACAAACCCGACGCUCAAGCUGGCGGACAUUGCAAAGGUUGCUGAGCUGGCGCACAAGGCGGGGGCGCUGCUAGUGGUUGACAACACGUUCGCCACGCCGGCGCUGACGAGGCCCCUGCAGCUGGGUGCUGACAUCGUCCUGAGCUCAACCACCAAGUACGUGGCCGGCCACUCGGACACGGGCUGCGGCCAGCGCCGCACCUGCGGCGGCCGCACGCGCGUCGGCCUGCGGCGAGCCCUGGGGGCCGCGUCCAGGGGAACCGCCUGUGGCGCCUGGCGUGUGCCACCGCCCGCAGUCGGGGGCGUCUUGGCCACGCGCCACGCUGACGUGGCGGAGCGCCUCCGCUUCCUCCAAAACGCGGUCGGCUCCGUCAUGAGCCCCUGGGACGCCUACCUCACCCUUCGCGGCGCCAAGACGCUGCACGUGCGCAUUCAGCGCCACUGCGAGAACGCCCUCGAGCUCGCGCGGCGCCUCGAGGGCGCGGCCGCCGUCGCGAGGGUCGUGUACCCCGGGCUCGAGUCGCACCCGCAGCACGCACUCGCCGCGCGGCAGAUGCGCCUGCCGGACGCGGGGCCCGGCCGACGCGGCGCCGACGCGGCCGCGUUUGGCGGCAUGAUUUCGCUGACCCUAAAGGGCGGACUGGCCGAGAGCCGCGCGUUCCUGGAGGCUCUGCGGGUGUUUACGUUGGCCGAGAGCCUGGGGGGCGUCGAGUCGCUGGCCGAGCACCCCGCGCUGAUGACUCACGGGUCGGUGCCGGCAGACGAGCGGGCGAAGCUGGGGAUCGACGACGGAUUCGUGCGGCUGUCGGUCGGGAUCGAGCACGUGGAAGAUCUGUGGGCAGACCUAGAGGGGGCGCUCGCUGCGGCUGCGGCGGCUGGGAAGCGCGCGGGGGCAGCGGCGGCGGCGGCGCGGGAGGAGAGCUGA